AUGGCGUUGUCGUGUCCGUUGUGCCGGUGUCAGAGGACGUCGUUUUUCUGCACGAGUUGCGUUAGUGGCGGAGACUUCGCCCUGGUCCGCGGCACUGGCGGUGGGCUCCUGGUGCGCUUUGCGGACAUGCAGCUCCGCCUUUUGACUCGACAGGCGGAAGCGGAUGAGGCGGCGCUGGAUUGCGAGCAGCUGCUGAGAGAAGAGGAAACGUUUUCCGGGGCUGCUGCUGUGGAGCAGGCUGUGCUGGACCGCAGGGCGUCUGUCCUGGCGGCGUGUUUCCGUGUGAAGGCCGAAGCCCUGGAGAAGUCGAGAAUUGACAAGGAGAAGAUUGCCAAGGAAAUCUGGGGAUUGCGUAGUCGGCUGCGAAACGCGGGAGUAGACGAAAUCGCGCGGCGGCAGAAUCUUCUGCGCAUCCGGGAUCGCAAAGCCGGAAGCGAGGCGAAGCUCAAGUCUGUCUUGAAACUUUUGUGGGAAGAAAGAGCGAAUAAGGUUCGAGCCCUAUUGAAGCUCGUUUUCCCCAUCACGGAAAAAGUGGAGUCCACGCCCCCGUGCGAAUCUGCGAUAGAAUCGCAGUUGUUCGAGGCGCUCAACCUGACCUACUACCAAGGAAGCUGGAUCGACCUCGGCAGAACUGCGGACGCCCCAGAGAUGCAGAUUGUCGCACCGUGUCUGCCGGCCAACCUGGACGCCGCCGCAUUCCUUGCCCUGCUCUCAGCCGGCGACACCGACAAGUGCACAUCUACCAACUGCGGCCUGUCCUUUGCCAACCAAGCUGUCCAAAUCCUGGCUCACAUGACCGAUUCCCACCUGCCCUGCCCUCUGCCACUGAGCGCGUUUCUAAGCGCCAAUGAGACCCUGGGUGUCAAGUGCACGGCCCUGGCGAGGCUGAAGCGGAACAUAGCCGUGUUGUGUCUGCAACUCGGCGUGCCGGCGAAGCUAAUCGGCGUUAAUGAGGUCUUGGGUAAUGUGCGUCUCCUCGAAGUAGUCAUGAAUGAGGAAGAUGAUCCUGCGAGUCGUGAGAAGGUGUUGGAGCGGCUCGCGGAUAGACUGGAGAUUGCUUCCCCGUCGGAGGAUGCGGCAGAUGUCAUCCUUUUCCGACGACUUGCCGACUGGAGCAUGUUGGAGCAAAUGAGUGCCUCGACGACGGACAAGCGGCUGUACUAGGAGCCUGACUUUCAGUGCCGCAGACACGUUUUUUUUGAUAGAAGAUUACGGACUCUGUGCAUAGUUGCAUUUCGAAGUUUUUGUCGCGUUUACAACUGUAAUACGAGGAGUUUCGGGUAAGUCCAUGGAGUCAUUCACAUAUUGUCAUCGUUGGGAGAUGAAACCAGGUGAUCCAUUUCCAGAUAAUUUUUUGAAAG